AUGUUUGCCAGCUUCGAGAGGUAUUUGAAGAAAAAGAAUGGGUUUAGUAUCAUGAUGGAUAAGGGCUUUGAACGUGCCCGAAAAGCUUUGCAAUCAAAACAAAAAGAGCUCAAGCAAAAAGGAAAAGGGAACAAACCGAACGCUUCCGUUGCUCUUAGCGAAGAUGAAGUCAAACUGCUUUACGAGAAAGAACUUUUGGGAAUUUCGAGUCGCGAAGCGUUGCUAAACACGGUUUGGUUUAACAAUACUAUUCACUUCGGCCUUCGUGGUUGCAAAGAACACCGCGAUAUUUGCUGGGGCGACGUAAAACCACGCAAGAACGCGAAUGGAGAGGAAUAUUUAGAGUAUUUUGAGCGACAAACGAAAACAAGUACAGGAGACAACCCAAGAGAUGUUAGAAAA